CCCACCCCUCCCUGCAGGACCCCCCAAGGCUGGGUAACAGAGUCUCCCCUACCCCAUCUUCUCCCCCUCGCCCCCUCUCUCCCUCCCCGGCCAUGGCGCUGAACAAUUUCCUCUUCGCCCAGUGCAGCUGUUACUUCCUGGCCUUCCUGUUCAGCUUCAUCGUGGUGGUGCCUCUGUCGGAGAACGGGACGGACUUCCACGGGCGCUGCCUGCUGUUCACCGAGGGCCUGUGGCUGAGUGCCAACCUGACGGUGGAGGAGAGACAGCGUUUCACGGUGCAGGAGUGGGGGUCGCCGUCGGCCUGCCGCUUCUGCCUCCUGGCUGGCCUCCUCUCCCUGCUGCUGGCCGCGCUGCAGGCCUGGAGGACGCUCUUCUUCCUCUGCAAAGGCCACGAGGACUCUUUCUUUUAUGCCUUCCUGAACCUUCUGGUCAGCGCCUUCGUUGUGUUUCUCAUCUUCAUCGCCAGCACCAUCGUGAGCGUCGGGUUCAACAUGUGGUGUGAGGCCAUCACUGAAAAGGGGACCUUCCCCCACAGCUGCGAAGAGCUCCAGGACAUAGACUUGGAACUGAACCUAGAAAACUCAGCCUUCUAUGACCAGUUUGCUAUUGCCCAGUUCGGGCUCUGGGCCUCCUGGCUGGCGUGGCUGGGCAUCACCGUCCUGGCCUUCCUCAAGGUGUACCACAACUACCGGCAGGGAGACCUGCUAGACUCGCUCAUCCACGAGAAGGAGCUGCUGCUGGGCAUGGCGUCUUCACGGUCCUCCCCACUGGAUCAGAGGAGUGGCAUGAUCUAGCCCCCCACCUCACCACCCCCAGCUUUGCCUGGCACCCUGCCCCACCCUCCCUGCCCUCCCCAGGAGCCCCCAGAUGGUGAUGAAGGAAUUUCUGGGUGGUGGGGGGGUGGAAUGGCUCCUUUCCUGGAUCCUGGCCAAGGUAGGGUGGGGAGAGGCAACCCACCAGUGGCCCCUGAUCUGCCUCUGGCCAUUCUGAGCACAAACCCCCUAAAGUCACCCCUCCACCAUUCCUGCUGGACCCGGCUAACCAACUCCACAGUCCUGCCCCGACGGGUCCAGCCUCUCUUCCCAGAUAGCUCAAGGGUCUGUGUGAAGCCACGGUCCCUCCUGGCCCACGGAUCUUGGGUUAGCGGUCAUCCAUACACCCCCCGCCACCUCCCUCUGGGAUCAGUUGGAAAUAGUGAACUCUCCCUAAAUCCCCCUUACUCAUCUAGAGUCUGCGGUCAAGCACCCAGGUCAGUGAGUGCAUUGUAUGGGAUAUCAGUCCAGCUCAGUGAGGGGGUCCAGCGGCCGGGGGAUCAUGGGGCUCCACAACAAUAGCGAGCAGUCGCUACCGUCCUCGAAAGCACGGCACUGUCUAGACUUGGAAUCUCUGCAGAGCUUAUGCCUGCGACCACUCAGGGGUUGCACUUGGGACCAAAGAUCCAGACUUGGGUGGUCUUGCCCCACCCUGGGAGAACCCUUGUAACCAUGGCAUUCCUGGCCUCUGUCCCCAGGGCCAGAACCUGAUGAGGAGUGACUGGGCCGGCCCAGCAGAUAACUCAAAGUGGAUUUCAUGCCCUGCUGUGGAAUGGGGCACCUUUUAAGGAGCCACUGUCUGGUCUAGGAGCAUGGGUGAGCAAGCCAGGGUGGAGAACGGGAGCCAGAGGGACACAGGGCAGCUGGACAGCGUGGCAGACAGGAAGGCCACCCCCCUCCCUUACUGGAUGGAGAGUCCUGGGGAUGGACCCCCCUAACUACAUUGACUUUCCAUCCCAUCUGGGAACUGCACCACUAAGUGGGGUGGUCUGCAGGAGUGGCCAGGGUGUAUUAACCCUGACAUUCCUUUGGGAAAACCCUAGUGGGUCUUCCUCUUGAAUAAGCUCCCAUGGCCCCCCGCAGGCUAUUGGGUUGCCCUGAUGGUGUCCAUAGUCCUGUUUCUGGGACAAAAUUGGAGGGGUGGGGAGCAGAUGGGCCUUUUUCUGGCACUGGGGUCACUGGGGGCUCUGCUCAACUGGCACCACCCAUCCACUAGUCGGCUAAGGGGGGGAGCCCGUCUGCCACACUCGGCCUCAGCCGCUCAGCUCUGUCACUCGGAGCCCAGCAGAGACUCAGGAGAAGUUCUCUGAGCUCCUGACAAUCCCUUAGACGGAAGUGCUGAGGGAAUUGGGAUAAUUCAGAGCCGGCUCAUUACCUUUGGUCCCUGGGAGCAGAGGGGCAUGGCUUAUCCUAGAAAACCAUGCCAUCUGGCCCAGCAGCCAGUCCAAUAAUCAAUCAGUAAGUCAUAUUUAUUGAGCACUUACUAUGUGUGAAGCGCUGUAUUAAGUGCUUAAAUACCAAUGGGCUAAUGCCAGAGGUGUGUCAGGAGCCAAAGGGUGUGGAAGCCUUAUCUGCAGCAGAAAGUAGCCACAGCAGCCUAAAGCCCAAGCUUGCUGGAAAGAGAGUCAGAUUAGUGCCUCUGACCUUUCCUGCCAGGUACAAGAUGCCUCACCCCCGAGAUGGGUGUGUGCAGGUUAAGGGAAAUAGGAGAAUAAGCAGUGAACUUGCGUGGUGAAGACCAUAUGACAGUGUAGACCAUCCCUUCCACCUUUCAUUUUGAGCCUGAGUUUCUAGUGCUCUAUAAAUACAGAGUGCUCCAGAGUGCCAGGCUGCCACUGCCCUGGAGGGGCUGACAGCCUAAAGCCAGUAGUCGUCCCCUGAUCCGCUCCCACGGCACUCCCACCCCCCACCACCUUCUGUCCACCGCCUGAGAGGGAGGUGGUCCGAAUGGUGUCCUGUUCAGCUUGGAGUCCUCUUCGUAGGUCUGAAGAGGAUCUGGAUAGGUCAUGCUCCUCCAGCCCACAGCUAGCGCCCAGCUCUCAGGAACCACUGUCCAGAGGGGCUAGGGGUCAGCUGACCGUUCCCAGAACCACCACUCCCCCAGGGCUGGUCCUUCUUGGGGUUCUGCAGCUCCCUGACACUCGCCUCACGCACCCGUUUGGGAAGCCCAGAGUCCCCCACUGGGAGGGGCCUCGGGGGGGGGGGGGUCUUUCUCAACCUGCACUCUGCCCUUCCCGUCCAGUCUCCCAUCUCCCGUCAGGUGGAUGGAAGACUAACCCUUCCGGACCAGACGGUAACCGAUUCUUUGCUUGAAGAUCUCCGGGGACCAAGAUGCCACAGCCUCCUUUGGUGGCCAUUCCCAGCGAGUCAUAGCCCUGACCAUCGGGACGUUCUUUCUCCGGUCCAACCGCAAUCCCUCCUUCUUUAAGCCCAGUCCAAUUUCUCCUGGAGGAUCCCCUGCGAACCCAGAGAAAAGAUAUGGGCAGCUUCCUCCCCUAAGAAAUCCCAAGCCGGUCCCUUCUCCGCCUUUCCCCUUCUCAGGCGGAUCCCAUUGUCCAGUCGGUCCCUGGCCAGUCUGCAGAGGGGAGCCAGCGGUCUCUCAGGCCACUACAGAGAGACCCGGGGCUCGGAUUGUAGGCGGUGCAUCCCUUGGCUUGGGGCUGGGGCCGAACCCAGUCUGUGACUCACAGAUGACAGUGACUGUGGGGGUGAGCAAGCCUCAGCGGAGCCCAACCCAAUUAUUUUGUAUCUACCCCAGUGCUUAGUACAGUGCCUGGCACAUAGUAAAUGCUUCAAAAAUAUCACUAUUAUUAUUAUCAUUAUUAUUAUUAUCAUUCUGCAGUAGAAAACUGGAGGAUCUACACAGGCAAAUCAUCCAAGCAAUGUGGGGCUCCCGAAAUAAACUCAGACCGAACCGUC